AUGUUAUCUUUGAUUGGAAUUCUUCAAUUUGCUUAUAAUAUUAAUACAAGCGAGUAUGAAGAUGUUAACCUAUAUGAUGUUUUAAAUGUUAACAAGUAUGCAACAGAGAAAGAAAUCACAAAGUCAUACAAAAGAUUAUUAAUUCAAAAUAACAGAAAUAGAAAUCCAACAGAAAGAGCCAAAAAGGUUUGGCGUCAAACUGAAUUCGCUCAUGAUAUAUUAUCGAACCCAAGUUCUCGUAAACUAUACGAUUCAUUCGGAAAUGUAAUUUUAAAUCAUACUAACUUUUCAGUAUUUGCAUAUAGAAGUGAUAUAGAAUUAGCAGAAAUCAAGAAAAUGUAUCGCGGAGGCCAGUCACCUUCCUUCCCUGGCGUAGUUAUUUUCCCAGUUCAAUUCGAUUUAAUAGAUUUUAUGAAUGGUGCCACAAAGAAUAUUAAAAUUAUGAGGACAGUUCCAUGCACAUGCAAGAAAGGAGGACAGCGUUGCCCAAAGUGCAGGAAAAAUCCAUUCCAACAAAUGCUAGUAGUUGAAAAGCUUUUCUUGCCAAAAGGAGCUAGCGACAAGUUUAGAAUGUACUAUCCAGAACUUGUUGAUUCACCAAUUGAUCGUGGCUGCCAUGAAAUUAUAUUUGUUGCAUAUCUAAGAGAAGAUGGAGUAUUCAAACGAGAUGGCGUUCAUAUACGUAGAAAUAUUACUAUUUCCCUACCAGAAAUACUUAAUGGAGGAAAUUACACUUUUGAAAAUCCUGAUGGAGAGGAAAUUAGCAUUCCUCUUGAUGGAGUCCAACAUAGAGAAGAAAGAAGAAUAAAAGGAAAAGGUAUUCCGUACUUUGACGAUCCAAAAACUCGUGGUGAUGUUAUUGUUACUUUCUUCAUUGACUUCCCAACAAAACUUGAUGAAGAACAAAAGAAAAUUGUUAGAACAAACCUUCCAGAUGAUUUUGGAAGCUAUGCUUAA